AUGGUGUUCCCGGAGAAUCCUAAUUGGUUCUGCGAUUACAACUUGGUCGACGGUGACUUCUCCGUUCACAAUUCCGUCGUCCCUUGGCCCAUCGAACUCAUCAGUGGCUCCGAUAGUCUCAGUGCUGAGAUUGAUGGCUUCCUCGGUGAUUUGGAUGGGUUAAAUGAACCAGCCUCUAGAAAGAGGCUUAAGUCUGAAUCUUGCACUGGCUCUAACUCGAAAGCAUGCAGAGAGAAACAGAGGCGUGAUCGGUUAAAUGACAAGUUUAUGGAAUUGAGUUCCAUCUUGGAGCAUGGAAGGCCUUCGAAAACAGACAAACCCACCAUUCUUAUGGAUGCAGUUCGAAUGGUGAAUGAGUUACGUGUCGAAGCACAGAAGUUUAAGGAAUUGAAUUCAAGCCUGCAGGAGAAAAUCAAGGAGUUGAAGGAGGAAAAACACGAGCUGCGAGAUGAGAAGCAGAAGCUGAAAACAGAGAAGGAGAAGCUCGAGCAGCAGCUGAAGAUGGUGAAGGCUCAUCAUCAUCAUCAACCUCAGCCCAUUUUCUUACCAAACCCUCAAGCAGUUCCUCAAGUCCAGGCUCCCGGAAACAAGCUCGUCCAGUUCCCGAGUUAUCCGGGUUUCGCAAUGUGGCAGUUCAUGCCUCCUGCUUCAGUCGAUACCUCGCAGGACCAUGUUCUCCGUCCCCCGGUCGCUUAAUUUGGGCAAACCCUUCAAAAUUUAUCAUUGGCGGGCUUCCAAAGAUUCUGAUUUUUUUUUUUCACUUUGGCAUUUGGAAUAUUCCUUUUACAUGACCUGACAUAAUCAUCAUUUGCAAUAUGGACUGCUAAUUGUGGAUGUAAAUGAGAAUAAGAAGUUACUCUUGCAAUCUUGGUGCGCCAUUCAUUUUU